UAUCCAUAAUUGUGAUAAAUUCAUAUAUAAAUAUUGUUGUAAUUUAUUAUUAAGGGGGCACACAGAGUUGGCAAAUCUAGUUUGAAAAUGAUAAGAUCAGGUUAAGGUUAGUAAUCUAAAAAAAAAAAAAUAACAAACCUUCAGAGAUAAAUUUUUAAUAUAACUGAUAAGGAUGAAAUUGAACAAGUAAAACUUAAUAUUGGCAACUAAAUUCUUAAAUUCUUUAAUGAAAAUUACUUGUUGAAGAUAUAGUGGGCGUUUUGAAUCAGUGACAAAGGCUACUAAUCAGUAAAGGAUGUCAACCGAAUUGGAACAUGAGCAAAUUUUACCUGAAACAUCUCAAGAGGAAACCGUGGAUUUAAAUGAUGAAAGCUUCGAAAAUUUUGAUGAAUUCGAAGAACUAAGCUAUGGUUUAUCUGAAGAGGCAUCUGAUGAGUAUUCGGGAUAUUCCAUUUUUACAGAAAGUUCGAUAGAAACUUAUAAAUCUCCAGUAAUUAGCGUGGAGGAAACUGUACCAGAAGAUCCUUUGAUGCCUGUUCCUCCAAAACGUUAUCCAGAUAUGCUCUUUCUAAUGGGGAAAGAUUUUCCUAAAGCUAUUCACGCCCAUGCAUACGUUCGUUCAUUAAUAAAAUGGAAGAAAAUUUGUCCGAAACAAAAAAUCGAAAUUUUAGCUCCUGGAGGCAAUUAUAAGAAUGGACUAUUCUUUUUUAGCAUAUACAAAGAUAAUUUCUAUGGGUCUGCGUAUUGUCAUGAAAAAACAGAUAAAUCUAUUCUGAAUGAAGCACUAUCUAAAAGUAGAUAUGUACCUGUUCAGGAUCAGUAUAACAUGUGUCGCUUAUCUUGCUUAAAUUAUAAUACUUUGGAAGCAGUUGGAACUAUUAUUUCUAAAGAAAAUUGGUGUUUGUCUAGUGAUGUGGUUCUUUGGCUCCCAUGGUAUUGUGCAAGAGAAGUGGAAGUACACUUACCACAUGAUGGUGUUAAAAUUCGAAAAUUGGGUUUAGAACAUAUGGACUUAAUAAAUGAAUCUUGGCAAGAUAACUUUCCAGGAUCUAGAGACCUUCUAGAUGAUAUGUUUCAAAUAUACAAUGGCUUAGGGUUAUUUGCAGGAGAAAGUUUACUCUCUUGGGCUUUUGUUUGGUAUCAUGGAGGCAUUGGAAUUAUUCAGACUAUAGAGAGUGAAAAAGGAAAAGGUUAUUGUAGGCCAGUUGUGGAAGCACUUACUAAAGGAAUGGGGGAUUGUUUAAUAGAUGUUCAUUUAAAAAUUCCUAGGGAAAAGAGAAAAGAUAUAAUUUUCUUCAGUGAAUUAGGGUUUAGACAUGCCUUUAAAGCAAUCAGUUGUGAAACAAAGAAAAAUGAAGAUGAGAAAAACCUGAAAAAAAUUGAUGACCCAAAAUCUCAAGAUGGAUCAAAUUAAAUCAUAUUAAAACAACCCCAAACAAACAAAAUGAAAUUAGAUUAAUUUCAUUAAUGAAUAUUUAUAUAUAAUAGAUACAAUCGAUGUUACCUUUCUAGUUUUACUAUUGAUCAAAAAACCUAUGCUUACUUGAAGCAAUUAAUUUUGAAACAAGCUCAAUUCACUUUUUUCAAGAAAUAUAUAAAUUUUUUACAAGUUCUCAGUGCAUUACACCAUUUAACUAAGCAUUAUUGGCCAAAAAUAUCUUGAUUCAGAGUAAAUACGGAUAUAAACUCAUGGCCAAGAGCAGCUUAAUCAAAUGUUUAUGAUAUCUUCUGUAACAUUUUAUUUUCAUAUUUUCUUCAUAACCAUGAGAUUUUUUGGAUGAUUUAAUAAAAACAAAAAAUAUUAAAUACAAAUAUUCCCUGAUACUAACAAUAUUGCUUCAAUCUGCAGGAAGAGUAGAAGAGUAAUA